AUGCUCGCUGUCGAGCAAUCUCGUGGCGACACUUUCUUUGGGCAGCAAUAUCAGCUCGAGGACUACCAGACCAUCGACAUGGAAUAUUAUCCACAGCACUAUCAGCAACAACAAGACGAAUCACUGUGGUUCGCGUCGUCAGAACAUGCUGGUGUAAAGCCUCAAAUGACACGGACAACAUCAAGCAACAGCGCGUACCAGCACGACUUUGCGCCGGGCUUGAGCGCGUCCAACGGAUCCAUCCGAAGCGGCUCGUCAUCCACAGUUGGCUCGCCAUAUUCUGGUCCUUCAAUCGAGUACUCUCAGGAAGAGAGCUACCUCUACGACACAGGCGUGAUGACCGGUAUGCCCGCGAUUGUUAGCCAAGACGCUUUCGCCAUGGACGGUACAGUCGACUAUUCCUCUGAGGUUCCGAUGCCUUUUGAGAAGCUCGAUGGUUCCGUUGAUCCAUCACUUAUCGGCUACCCAGAUCAGUCAGGAUACGCCAACGGCUACAGCCACGUUUCACCGAUGCCAUCUCCAGCUGCUUCGCCAGCCUUCUACAACCCUCAAUUCACCACACAAGUUACGCAUCCUGGCAUCUAUGCGCCGUUUCCUCACAGUCAGAUGCUACGACAACCGUCACAGGGUUCAUAUUACUCAUCAGGUAUGACGCACCCAAGUCCACAGUCCGAAUUCGAGGAUGGGACAAACCGACUGUGCCGAGAAUGCGGCAAAUCGUACAAGGACAUUAAAGCGCACAUGCUCACGCACCAAACCGAAAGGCCUGAAAAGUGCCCAAUUACGACGUGCGAGUACCACAAGAAAGGGUUCGCGCGCAAGUACGACAAGAACAGACACACCUUGACGCACUACAAAGGUACGAUGGUGUGCGGAUUCUGUCCUGGCUCAGGCACACCUAGCGAGAAGAGCUUCAAUCGCGCUGAUGUCUUCAAGAGACAUCUGUGCUCAGUGCACCAAGUGGAGCAAGCGCCCCCAAACAGCAGGAAGCGGUCACCCUCGGGCUCAUCGAACAAGAAGCUUUCAAGUUAUUGCGCAGAUGCUACUGGGAAAUGUUCGACGUGUAAGGAGACAUUCAACAAUGCGCAAGACUUCUACGAGCAUCUGGACGAGUGCGUGAUGCGGGUCGUGCAGCAGGAGGAGCCCACCGAAGCGAUCAAUCAGAAGCACAUGGCCUCCGUGAAGGCAAACCCGGAGCUGAUGGCAACACUUGAACGCCACUCAAUCAAGGCCGAGGAGGAGUCAGUCGAUCUGGAGCUGGACGAAGAAGAGGAUGAGGACGAUAGCGACGAUGAAGACGAGAGCACCUCAUUCACCGUACGGCCAGCCAAGAAGCAAGGAGUUGUAAUUUCCGGAGGCAUUCGAAAGAAGGGCUUCACAUGGUCACAAGGCGGUGUCAAGCCAGCUGUCGCAAAGAAGAAGCAAAGGAGAAGUAAUUACCCUCCAUCGUGGGGCAUGUCACCCGACAAGACCACGAUGAAGAAGAGAGUCAUGGUGUGUUACGAUGGCCCCAGGCGACUUGUCAAAGACGAGAUGAUGCUGGACCGGUCAAACGAGGUCAGGCUGGCGUACAACGAUGGCCAGAACUACGUUACUGAUUUGGACAUUGAGACCAUGAAGAGAGCAGAAGCGUUCCAUGGUGCUUCAGAGGAGGAGCGAGGGCCGUACGUGCCGGAGGACGACUAUUCGCCGCCUGUCGAUAUUGAUGAGUUGAUGGCUUGA